AACAGAUAAUUGUAUAAACAGCUAUUCAAAUAGAUGUUAUGCAUAAUUAUAAGAUCAUGUGCAGUAUUUCUAACCUUUUACAGUCUUAAAGGGAGGUAAUAAUUUUUUUUUUUUUAAAUCAAUGCAAAUUUUGCUCUACAGAAUGGUAUCAAAUCUUUGAGAAAUAAGAGAGAAAGCAAUUAUGGUCAACUGGAUUCAACACAAAACUGAUACAACAUUUAUGUUCAGAAAAAGUGUCAAUUACAUAAUUGAUGAGCCUACAUCCACUAGGUUGUUAAAUCCUGUUGUAUAAAAAAAUUUUGCAUGUAAGAUAUGCAGGAAAACAUUCAGGCAAAGAAAUUAGCUUGCUAUAAUGACUGAGUUACAGUACACCAAAACCCAUAGGUAGAAAUUAAUGUGAUGAAUUAAAAAAUCAAAUUUCUUAAUAAUUUGCUUAACUAAGGAAUUUUUAGAUGAAAUGAAAUAAUUUACUUCAUUUUAUAAUAAUAACAGGUUGUUUUUUUGGUGCAUUAAUUGUUUACUGUGAUGUAAAUAAACCCAAAAAUAACUAAUUAGAUGAUUUAUCGCAAUGUGACAUUCUGUAAAUUAUACAGAGGUGUAAACUAGCUAUUUUCAUUUUAAAGAGCCCAGACUGUCAAAAACAAUAAUUCUUUAACAUUGGGUGUAUAGGCAUUUUCUCCAACAAAUUGUUUAGGGGCUCAACAAAAAAUAUGUAUGCCUUAGGCUACUGGACCCCUGCUAAAUUAUUUAUAUCCCUGUAAUGUAAGUAUAUCAAAGAAAGCAUGGAAGCAUUUUAUUUAUCAUUUUUUACAGCACAAUUAUUUAAAGUUAGUGUUAUCCGUGACAAGUUGUUCAGACCUUAGGUACAUAAUUGUUUCAUUAAGCUUAUAAUAAAAAAUUUCCUGAGGAAAACACACAAAUAAAAACACUAAACUGAUGCAGAAAUUUGAAGUAAUAUUUUAUAACUUUAUAAUAAUUUGUUGAAUUUAUUUAAUCACUACUAAUAAAAUUUUAUAUAUUUUUACAGAAGAGAAGCACAGUGAGAAACCUGAGCAACUGGAUGAAUAUGAGCACAUACAAAGCUCACCAAAUCAGAAACUAAGCAUAAAUAGCUCAUCAAAGACAUACACAAUUUCCAAAGCAGAAGAGAAGCAUAGUGAGAAACCUGAGCAAGUGGAAAAAUUUUCACCAGGCCAGAAACUAAGCAUAAAUAGCUCAUCAAAGACAAACACAAUGUCUAAAGCAGCGCCUUCCAUUACUCCAAGAAGAUGUGCUGUAACACCAAAAAGAAAAUCUCUCUUCAACAACAAUCAAGAGGAGCAAGGCAGCCAGAAAUUGAUCACAGCAAUGAUAGGUGGUGCAACAUCUCCCUUUUCACAUGCUAGAAGAAAGGGCAUCAAGAUUUAUACUGAAAGUGAAAUAAGACGUGCCAAAGGUUUUGAUAAAUAUCGAUUACCUUUUCUGAAUGAGAUAAGUGAGAGACUUGCAAAAGAUGGUCUGAAAAAAACUGAAAUUGUAGGGGCGGCAGACUUCGAGUGGCGCUUACGUAAGUGUGAGCUUUUAAGCAACAGUGCUACAGAUGCCAGUAGCCCAUCUCUGUUACGUAAUCUUGAUAGGAUGGAGUCGGCAUACAAGAAGGUCAAGGCGAGUGCACUGGUGGUGCAAAAUGCAAGAAAUACUCAGAAGCAUAUACUGGCUGACACAGUUGAAAAGGAAGAAUUAUGUCCAUAUAUGACUGAACUUCGGAAGAGCCAAGAUGCUGUUGUGAAAGCAAUGCAGAGAGUAGAAGCAAAGUCAAAGAAGCAAGAAUCAUCAUCAUCUAGUGAAAGUGAUGGUGAAUGUGGUGUGACUGCAGAUGAAAUGGAAGAAGCAGUAAGGGUGGUGAAAAGGAAAAGAGACAUUUAUGACUUUGACGAGUAAGAUCAAUAGCAACAGAUAUCUAUUCAGUGAGGAAGUGGAGUAGAGAUAGAUAUGACUGACACUAGAAGAUUUGAAUGAAUGUUGUAAUUUCAAAGGUUACAUAAUUAAAAUCAUGUAGUUCUUUUAGAAAUAACUGUAUAAUAAUAAUGAUAAUAAUGAAAGUAGAAUAUUUCUUAAUCGUCAGUUUUAUGAACUGAGAUAAUGAUAUUAUUUAAGUUGCUAUUUUAGUUUCACAAAAUUCAAGGAGGUAUCUGUCUAUAUAAAACUUGCUCAUAGGCUUCAAGUGAUUAACUAUCAAUUUAGCUAAACAAGCAUGGUGAUACUUGAUUUUUUGCACUUUCAUGUUUCUAACAUGAAAUUGUUCAGUUUGAACAAAUUCUAUUAUUGGCAAUUUUUUACACAAAACUAUGUCUUUCAAAACUGCAAAUUGUACCGUGUUGACAGUAAGGAUUUUUAUAAAUAUGAUAUCAGCUGACUGUGUCUGCCUUUUUAAAAUUGAGACUUGAAAGAGGACUUUUAAGUAAAUGCUAUUAAAAAAUUAGUGUGAGGAAGGCAUUUAAAAGCUCAAUAAUCUCUGAGGCUGUUUGUGUAAUUUCUGUUGUUCUAAAAUAUAAAUCCAUAUACACCUGCAACAUUUUCAGUCACAUCCAGUUGUACUACCUGCUUGAAAAGCAUUUAAACAUGUCUUUUAAAAUACAAUCUGAAAAAUAUUUUUUAUUGAAAUGUUGAUAACUUACCUUUUUUGUCUGUUCUUGAUAUUGUGGGAAAAAAACCGAUACUGAACACAGCGACGAUAAACAUACAUAUACUAACAACAAUUUGUCCGUCUGCCUGUCAAAUGUUUCAGUUGCACUAUAAUCAAGCUGUAAAUAUAAUCUAAUAUACUGAUUUAAACAAUUUUAAUGGACAUGAAGAACGAUAGGAUGAUAUUUCUACAAAGCAUUAAUUCCUCAUCAAAAAAAGGAUCUGCACAACUAUCUAUUUGUACAUAUUUAAAUGUUGACAGAUAAUACUAUUUGCAUUUUUUUGUUUGAGUGGAAAGCCCUCAUUGUAUUUUGUGGUUUAUAGCCAGUGUAUUUUUGCACUUCUUGUGGAAAUUGUCAAUAAUAUCUGUGUGUGACAAUACCUUGUAAUUCUUAAAACUGUUUUAUGGUUCCCACAAUUUUACCUGCACUGUAUUUAAAGGAAAAAAGGAGAGGACCUAGUGAUACAUGUCAACUACUACCAAAGAACUCUUUGUUAUGUGGAUUUCUAUCUGUUAAAAUAAUUAAAAUAGUGUAUUUAUUGUUUUUAGUAUUAAAUGAUAAAAUAAAUCUCUCAUCUUCUUAUUCUGUUUUAUAUUGGAAAGUUUUGUAACCCCAAUUAUUGAGACCAAACUAGAACAAUCAGAUAAUUUAAAACAAAAUAGCCCCACUAAAACUAGUGGC